AUGAAUUUCGCAAUAAAUGAAAUACGAAAAUCAGGGACUCAUGUAUAAUAUUUGAUUAUGACAGACAGAAGAAGAACUCAAUUAAUUAACAUUAGAUGAGAACAUGGGAGAGUUGAGAAGAGCACAAUACAUUUUAUAGAAAGGUCAUCCAAUUUAAAAAUAUGCAGUAUGAUAGAUAGUAAUUAGAUAUACUCAAACAUUCAUAAGUUAUUUAAGGUGAGUGGAUUUAGCUUGUUACUUCCAAUAAUAAAUGAGGAUUUAAUGAAAUAAGAUGAAGACACAAUAGCAAUUGCGAUUAAAGAAUUUUUGAUGAUUGCAAAGUAAAUGAAAGAAAAAGAGUAAUAAAUGUUGCUUAAUCAAACAUUUUAUUUUAUGAAGAAUUAUAUUUUGAAAUUAGGAGAUGGAUGGUUUGAAUUAUUUGAAAUGUUAUAUUGUUGCGACAUUCACAAUUCAAUUAAGUUAAUAAAUGAGUUAACUGAUAUUGAUGCUGAGACACAUUGGCGUUAGAGAGGAGCUAGAUUAUUACAAUAUAUACCAUAAAUUGAAAAAAUUCAAUUACUUUGUAUGGAUAAGGAUCCAUAGGUAAGGUACGAGAUAGUGAAGACAAUUUAGAUUGUUUAUUGUACUUUUACUCCUGAAAAGUUUAGUACUUAUUUGCAGAUGAAAGUAAAUAAAUCAUAUAUAUAAUAAUAUAGAUUUUUGAAUUGAUUUAUGAUUAUGAAGUACAAGUAAGGAUGGCAGCUAUUGAGAUGUUUUUUAUGGUUUAAUCUCAUUUAUAAGAUAGGGAGAAAAUGAUAACAAAAUAGUUCUUUGAAUUCCUAAGUUCCCAGAAUGUAUAAAUUAUAACAAUAAUGUCAAGAAUUUGUGGGAAAGUAUUAAUGGAAAUUAUGGAUGUAAAACCUGAUAUAUAAAAAUUUCUAAAAGUGUUUAUCUCAUUUGCAGAUAGUGUAAAUGAGGAAUAUCGUAUAAACUUUGCGUAUAAUUUUCCUGCAAUUCUCUAAAUUUUAAAAGGAGAUUGUUAUGAUUAAUUGAAAGAAACCUAUUUGCGAUUAAUGCAAUUUGACGCAUCAAUAUAAGUUAAGAAUAUGUUACUGGCAAGCAUUCCAGAUGUUAUAUCUACUUUAAAAAUUCAUAAGACUCAAUCAUUAAUUCCUUUGAUACGUAAAAUGUUGGAUCAUCCAAUUAUUCAAUAUAAUCUCUAUGCAAUCAUAUAUGCACUAUGGCCAAGUUAUGAUUAACAAGAGUAAUUGAUUCUUUCAGUAAAUAAAUAAUUUUUAUCUUUUAGAAAAUGUUAGUGAAUGAUAUAUUAAUAGAUUUAGUUAAACAAUUAAAUUCAAAAGCUAGUACGGAAUUAUUAGAAUAGUUACUAAAGUAAAAUCACAUUAUAUAUACAGAGACUUCACGAAUUCUUCUAAUAAUGCGAUGCCUAUCUCCUUUUAUUGAGUCCACUUUAAAACUUAUUAUAAGCAGAUUCCUUGAAUAUUCGAACAUUAGCAGCAUAAAACAUAGCUUAUCUGGCUUAUCAUGAUUAGUAUUAAAUAUAAUUAUAUAUAAUAGAUCAAUCAACAGUUAAAUGAUAACUCUAUGCAUGAAUAGUAAUAAGUUUAGAAUGCGUAUAUGUUACAUUGAUUUCAUAUCAUAAACUAUUGAUCUAUGUUCCAAGAGAUAUUUUCAUGUUAAUAAUUUCAUCAGUAUAUUGGCACUUAGUCAAGAUAAGAUUUUUGAUGUUCGAAUAAAACUUAGUCGUAUCAUGAAAAAGAUCUAAACAAUAAUUUUAGAUAAUGAUGAAACUGCAUGUAUAGCAUAUGAUCAAGCAAUUAAAUAUUUAUAACGUGAUUCAAUAAUCAAUGAGGUAAUUAUAUUUUAUAAUAUUUAAUAAUAGAUUCUUAAAUAAAAUGAAUCAUUACAAUUUUAAUUUGGAGAUGAUUUAUUAAAAGAAUAAAAAGAACAUUUAUAUUUAGCUAGAAUAUCUGCUGAUGAUAUUGAUGCUAUUGAAAAAAAUGAACAUACAGGAUCAAUAUCACCAUUCAUAAUAAAAUCAAAGAAUGGAUAUGGACAUAGUAGAAAAAGAUCUUCAAUAACUCGUUAACCAAUUAAUAGAUCAUAACCAAAUGCUUCAUUUACUCAAAAACUUACUUAAAUUCAAACUAAAUAUAAUCCAAUAAAAAUGUCUGAAGAUAUGAGUCGUAGAACAUCUGUUCCUCCUGUUCCUGGUCGUAAAUUACAAUUAACUCUAAAACCAACGAAUACUCAAUUCAAACCCAAAUUAAACUAACAACGAUUGAGAAAAUGA